GAGCUAGAUAGAUCCAAUUAUCUCAUUUUUACGAGAUGGCACAGUGCCUACUGAUAAAUAGGAAAAAAUGAGGUUGGGGAAGAAAGCAUCUCAGUACACCCUUGUUAAUGAAGUCCUCUACAAGAGAUCUUUCUCACUCCCCCUACUUCGUUGCUUGAACCCUUAUGAGGCUGAAUAUGCAUUUCGGGAAGUGCAUGAAGGUGUCUGCGGAAGUCACAUCAGUGCUCGAACUUUGGCUCAUAAAGUCCUUAAACAAGGAUAUUACUGGCCCAACAUGUACAAAGAUGCCACUCAGUUUGUACAGAGGUGUAAAAAAUGUCAGUUCUUCGCACAUCUAAUUUACCAGCCAACAGAAGAGCUCACUACUCUGAUAGCACCUUGGCCAUUUGCUCAGUGGGGACUUGACCUUCUAGGUCCAUAUAUGAAAGGGGUAGGAAGUGUAACCCAUCUGAUUGUUGGUGUGGAUUAUUUUAUGAAAUGGGUUGAAGCUCGACCAUUAUCUAGUCUUACCUCCAAGAAGGUCGAAGACUUUGUUUUUAGCUCAAUUAUCUGCAGAUAUGGGAUCUCGAAUCAGAUUGUGGCUGAUAAUGGAACUCAGUUCAACUACUCCUCAUUUAGAGAUUUCUACUCUAGUUAUGGGAUCAAAUUGUAGUUCACCUCGGUGUACCACCCAGAAUCUAAUAGGAUGGUAAAAUCUGUCAACAAGGUUAUACUCGAGGAAAUAAAACCAAGGUUAGAGC